AUGAUCGCCUGUUAUUAUUCAUCAUUCAUUUUUUAUAUUAUCUUUUUUUCUUUGUCAUCGUUUACUUUUGCUUAUCAACGAUCUACAAUUGAUUCAACAAUUACCAACGAUGACACUAAAACUGAAUCAAAUAUUGAACAAGGAUGGCAAUCGAAUGAUGACGAUUAUGUUGAUGAAUCAAAAUUUAAUAAAGCAUACUAUAAACAUGAACAAGCUUUAUUAGCAAAUAUUUAUGCACCAAAUCGAACUUAUGUAUCGAUGCAUGAUGAUCGUAUUCAUCCAUCGAAUUUUUCCUAUUUUACAUUUAAUAGUCUUGGUACAUAUCGUUUUAUUUUAAUAUCAUUACGUGGUGAUGCUGAUUUAUAUAUAUCAACACGUAAUAAAUAUGUUACUUAUGAUAAUUAUGAAUAUAGUUCAUGUACAUGUGGUAUUGAUGAAAUUCUUAUUGACUAUAAUAUGAAACGACCAAUUUAUAUUGGUAUAUAUGGUUAUUCACAAUAUCAAAUAAGUCAUUAUCGUUUACUUAUUGAAUUAGUUGAUACAAAAAUUUCAACAGAUGAAACAACUGUCGAACAAUCAAAUGAUGAUAAAUCAUAUAAAUCAACGGAUGAACAACAAACAUCACAAAUAAAUAAAAAAACUUCAACAGUUAUUGCUGAAGGUGAAGAAGACCAGCAACAUAUACUUUGGAAUAUAUUUUUAUGGCUUUUAAAUUUUCUUGUCGAAGUGUUAACUUGA